AAAAGUCAUAACAAACCUGCGCACUGUCAGCUGUGUUUAUUUUUCCUUCGCUUACACAGAACCAAAGAAAAGAGAAUACGAAAACGGGAAAAUUUGUGCAGCUGAUAAAUGUCGAUAGGAGCGACAGAUAAACGCAGCUAAUCAGCUACUCUAGUCAGUCAUCUCAAAUCUUUGCACGACAAUCAGGCACAGCUUAUCUGUGCGUCUGUUUUGCAUUCGUCGCAGUUCGUCCAAAACUACGUCAUCGCAUCACAUCGUCAUCAUUGUCAGGCCAGAACGAUAUUUAUUUUUAAAAGUUUUAAACCACACACGAAAGCGUUCCCAAAAUGGGUGAAAGUGUCGACUCUAAAACGCGCCUCGAGGAGGGUAGAAAUGUACCACCAGCGUUGAAAAAGCUUCUCGAAUGGGACGUCGUUGUAACGAAACAGUUUGUCAGCUUUAUGCUGAACUUUGUGCCACUGCGCUCACUUCGAACGCACUGCAAGGUGCUAGAGUAUUCGUGCCAUGGUAUCGCUUGGUUGGCUGGAUGGUUGGCCUUCUGCUGGAUGAUCGACAAGUCGGAAUGGUAUCAGAUGCAGGUGAACCUGUUCAUUGGAUUACUGACGGAUAUUGUAAUGGUGGCCGUUAUAAAGGCGGCAACACGUCGCCGUCGGCCAGCUAUAAACGAUGAUCCCCUUUGCUUCGGGCCGGAUAAGUUUAGCUUUCCAUCGGGACAUGUUUCGCGCGGUGUGUUCAUCACGACGUUUCUGAUCGUACUCGAUCCGGUCAUGAUUGUGCUGUGGCCUCCGCUACUUGCAUGGACUGUGGCACUGUGCAUUUCUCGUCUGAUUCUCUACCGCCAUCACAUUCUGGACGUGUUGGGUGGCAUUCUCCUUGGGCUGUUUAAUGCGUUGCUCAUUUCUAUUCUUUGGUUCGAUCAGGAAAGCAGCGUUUGGGUGAUUAACUGGAUCACAGACGAACGAGUGGCAGGAGCAGAAUAUGCUGUGUAAAAUGGCCCUCUUUAUGUACAAUAUAUUUACGAAUAAAUGACAAGCAUUUUGUCCCUAAACAUCCAA